UCGCCUAUCAGAGCCAGUCCCCUGCAGAGCGUGCAUUCAGUCUCUGCAGCGGUUGCUCCUGCUGUGUCAUUCUGUCCUUCCCUCCUCGCUUGGUCUUCCUGUCCCUCUUCUCUUGGUGGUAGGAUUAUAGGACCAGUGUCCUGUGGCUGUUGUGCCCUUGUCUGAGCUUUCUGCCUGACUUUUUUCUCCAUUCAGCUCUUCUCUUUGCUCUGGUAUUGCACCAAGCAUGGAGAAUGACCAGUCCACCAAGCAGCAGCCACAAGCUCCCACUUCACCCAGACUAGAUGUCCAGGGGCAAAGCAAGGAGAAACCUGUCCCCAGCUUGCAGCCCCAGGCUCCCAUGGACCAGCCAAACACCUGUCCUGAGGUGGCCGUGUGUGAUAUCUCAGAGGAGUUGAGCCGGCAGCUGGAGGACAUCAUUAAUACCUAUGGAUCUGCAGCAAGUCUGAUGGAGAAGGAAAGCACUGCAACAGGAACUGACAAGCCUGAGAAGGGAGAAUCAGGCAGCCUGGAGGAUGCCGAGUAUGAGGAUGCAAAUGAGGAAAGUGAGAAAGAAAAGCCAGCUCCUGGAGAUGCUUCUAGAGCAAAGGAGCCCAGUACUAGCAAGGAGCAAAAACUGGAGAAGAAAAUCCUGAAAGGUCUAGGGAAGGAAGCUACCCUGCUGAUGCAAAGCUUGAACAAGCUGAGUACCCCAGAGGAGAAGCUGGACCUGUUGUUUAAGAAGUAUGCUGAGCUGCUUGAAGAACAUCGCGCUGAGCAGAAGCAGCUCAAGUACCUGCAGAAGAGGCAGGCCCAGAUCACCAAGGAGAAGGACCAGCUGCAGAGUGAGCACAGCCGAGCCAUCCUUGCCCGCAGCAAACUCGAGAGCCUGUGCCGGGAGCUCCAGAGGCACAACAAAAACCUCAAGGAGGAAACGAUUCAGAGGGCACGGGAGGAAGAUGAGAAGAGGAAAGAAAUUACUAAUCAUUUCCAGGGCACGCUGAGUGAAAUCCAGGCUCAGAUCGAGCAGCAAAGCGAGAGGAACAUGAAGCUCUGCCAGGAGAACACAGAGCUGGCAGAGAAGCUGAAAAGCAUCAUUGACCAGUAUGAGCUGCGGGAAGAGCACCUUGAUAAAAUAUUCAAGCACAGGGAACUUCAACAGAAAUUGGUGGAUGCCAAGUUGGAACAGUCUCAGGAAAUGAUGAAGGAAGCAGAGGAGCGACACCAGAAAGAAAAGGAAUAUCUCCUGAACCAAGCUGCAGAAUGGAAGCUCCAGGCCAAAAUGUUAAAGGAACAAGAGACUGUCCUGCAGGCACAGAUCACUCUCUACUCUGAAAGGUUUGAAGAAUUUCAGAAAACAUUGACCAAAAGCAACGAAGUGUUUGCCACUUUCAAACAGGAGAUGGAGAAAAUGACAAAGAAAAUGAAGAAAUUGGAAAAGGAUACUGCUACAUGGAAAUCCAGGUUUGAGAACUGUAACAGAGCAUUACUGGACAUGAUUGAAGAGAAAGCCAUGAGGACCAAGGAAUAUGAGUGCUUUGUGCUGAAAAUCCAGAGACUAGAGAACCUUUGCCGAGCUCUGCAGGAAGAAAGGAAUGAGUUGUACAAAAAAAUAAAACAAGCACAGUUCCCUGAAGAGGUGAAUGGAAAUGACAUCUUAGAAGAAGAAGAAGAUGAUGCUGAUACAAAUCCUUCCUCCUCUGAGCAGGCAAGCAUUGAGUUGCGUGCCACUGAUGAUAGCAUGCUAAAGGAGCUGGCUGAGGCUUUCAGGGUGUCCCACAAGGUGGAUGAGCCCCUCCCAAGCAACAGCAGCAACCCAGAGCCCCAUGAUGCUCAAACAUGUAAUGACAUCUCAGAGCCAGAGCUCCCCUCUCAUCUCACUCCAUGGUCAGAGGCUGGGAAUCUCCAUGAGCAGCCCAGCACAAGCACAUCAACACCUCCUGAGCAUGUGCCAGCACCCACUGAAAAUACAACACCCACCAAGAAUGUGCCAAAGCCCACCAAAAACAUGCCCACACUCCCAGAAAGGGUGCCAGCACCCACAGAAAGUGUGCCAAUACCUCCCGAAACCAUGCCAGUUCCCACUGGGAAUGAGGCAAAACCCAUUGAAAACAUGCCAGCCACCCCUGAAAGCAUGCCAACACCCACUCAAAACAUACCUGCUCCCCUUGGGAAUAUGCCAGCAACCACAACAAGUCCACCAAAAGCUGCAGAACGUAUGGAAGACCUAGCAGAGCAGUCUGCCCAAGGUCAGCCUGCAGAGCAAACAGGGGAUACAGACAUGGAAGCGGUAGAUUGAAGACACUGAUGUGUUCAGGCCUGCCUUUCACAAACCACAGCUCUACUUUGUUCCCCAAGAUUGGUAUCUUUUUUUCUUUUUAAAGAAACAAAAAGUAGAUGCUAAAGCACACUCAUACAUACCUGUGAGCAAACGUAAAGUGCUUCUCUUUGCUACCACUAUCCUUUAAUAUUGAGUCUGCAUAUUUUGCUGUCCUUCAUCUGCUUGAAGCAUAAUAUUUUCUUAAUGACAGGAAAAUACAACAAAAUUACAGUAUCUUUUUUCUCAGGCAUAAUGAGUCAUCUCAUUCAGCAAAAUAAUUUUGAAUUGUUGAAGUUUCAUGUUUGAAAAGUCAUUGCAAUUCUCAUACAUAUAUUUAACGUCUCAGAAUUAAUUGUAUCUGUUCGGUUUGAUGUUGCAUAAAAGAUGCCCUACUUGGAAAUGUAGAGAUCUCAAUAAAUGAGGGGAAAGAAAUCUGUGAUUGUAAAGUAAAAUAGUGAAACCAUC